AUGCCCCAAUGGCAAAUUAUCAAGAAGGCUUUUUAUAAGCAUUUAAAAAUCUUAAAAUGGGAUUAAUAUUAACAAUGGAGAUGGCAUAAUCACUUUUAAUGGGCUGAUACAACAUUCAGACCCAUUAUAAUACUUUAAUUAAUCUUUAUCAUAAUUAGAUUGUCCAUUCUAGCAAAUACUUUGUAUAUUUAAAUAACCUUAGCAAUACAAAUAUGUAUUCAUAUUCUCUUAUUUUUAUCAAUUUCCAAAGCUAUUUCAGAUGAAUCACAUUUCUUCAUUUAAUUAUUACCUUUUAUUCAAUAAUACUGUAUGUAUUGGAUUUGCUACAUAAUAUAAGAGAACGAUUAUUUUAUGCUCUAUGUUACAAUAUCUAUUAUUUAUCAGAGUAUGUACUCUACUUUACAUAUGAAAUUUUUAACAAUUAUAUUGUUUUUUAUUCAGAACUUCUUCCUCACUAAUUUAAAUUCAAUUGAAGGAAUGUGCCUUUCAACAAUCCUUAUAAUCUUUUAAAUUUUAAGAAAAGAGUUCCUUUAUUUACAACAUUUUUAAAAUUUAUAAGCCUUAUUUAUGAUAAUUGAUUCUACUCCUCAAGCUAUGUGUAUUGUUCAUAAAGAUAAGAAUUUCUUGCUAUAUUCAAAUAAGAUAUUUGAUAACUUAGCUAACAAAUUAGAAAGUACAAAUUAAAGUGAAACUGAUUAAUCACCAGAGAAAGCUCCUAUUGUUCAUACUGCUAGAAAUUAAUUAAGUUUUUUAUAAAACUUAUAAUUGGAUGAAUUAAACAAUGAUUAGACAGUCUUUGAUUUUGAUGAUGAAGAUCUUGAUCUAGAAGAUUAAUAUAAAAUUAAAAACGUUACCUAUUGUAAAGAAAAAACUUAAUUAUUAUCUCAAAAUCGAUUUUCUGUUGAAAUGUAAGAAGCACCCCCUAAAAUUCACUAAUAAUAAUAAAAGUUUUUUUAAUCUUUCAAGAAUUCAGAAGAUGAUAGUAUUAUAAAAAAGAAAUUCACAUCAGAUGUAACUAUGAAGAUUGAAUUUAAUAAUUCUCCUCAAGUAAUGAUUCAUUCAGCAGGAAAAAAGAGUUCUCGUAAAAAAUCUCAAAAUUAAAUCAGAUUAAAUAAAUCUUCUAUAUAUAUGACACCCAGUCGUAAAAUUUCGGUUGAUUAACUAUUAUCGAAAGAAGUUAAAGAACAUCAUAAUUCGAAUCAUAAAUAAUCAUUAUUAGAUUUGAAUAUAACUCCUAAAGUUAAACCUAUUAUCAAUCAUAAAAUGAAAUUUUUAGUGAAUGUUUUAGAGAAUUGUAGAUUAUUUGAUAAUGAUGAUGGUUUGCAAAUAUAUUUCAUUCAUGAAGUCAAUUAAAUUCUGCUAAGAGCAAAACUUAAGAAACUUGAAUCAAUAAAGAAGAAUAUUUUGAGAUCAAUAUCUCAUGAAUUACUCACUAAUUUGAAUGCUAUAUAUGGAUUUAUCAAACAAUGUUAGGAUAAAUAAUUUUCUUAGUAGUCUUGUUCAUUGUAAUUAGAAUAAGCUUUGCGUUAUACAAAUCUUUAAUUGUAUAAGAUUUAUGAUUUCUUUGAUUAUAGAGACAUAUUAGAGGAGAGACUAAUAAUGAAAUCAGAUAAAUUUGAAAUUAAUUCUGUAAUUUGGGAUUGUGUUGAUUUAUUAAAAGAUUAGAUAGAAAGAAAGGUAAUAUCAAUAAAUGUUGAAUUACCAGAGGUUUCUUAUAUAAUAAUAGGAGAUCGAUAAAGAUUAUGCUAAGUAUUGAUAAAUUUGAUAGCAAAUGCGAUUCGAUUUACUAUGAAAGGAGGGAUUACAAUAAAAGUAUAGAAAAAGGAAUAUAUAGACUCAAUGUAAGGAAUUGAAGAUGUACAUUCAUUUAAUCUUUAGGAUACAAAUUUAUUAUAAGUUUCUAUAUACGAUACUGGUAUAGGGAUGAGUGAAAAUGAGUUAUGUAUUUUAAGAAAGAAGGUAUAAAUAUAAAAGUAUAGAUUAGUUACAUGUUUCUGAUGAAGAUGAGAAAGUAUCUAAAUAAUCAGUUGGUAUUGGUUUAGGAUUAUCAGUAUGUAAAUAAAUAAUCAAAUUAUUGGCUCCAAUGCAUUAAAAUUAUCUCUCUGUUGAAUCUUAAUUAGGUGAAGGAACAUAAUUUUAUUUCGUAUUACAAUAUGAUGAAGAGUAAAUUCAUUAAGAGUAAAGUAAUUUAUAAAAUUCAUUUAUUCAUACUAUUCCAUUUUUAGAAUAAUAAAGUACCUAAUAAGUUCGAGUAUUGAAUUAUAAGAAAUUAGGCAAAGCUUCUAUGGGGGAGAAGUUUGAAAAUAUAGAACCAAGCAUUUGUAAUUGUAAAAAGACAUUAAUUGUUGAUGAUGAAUAAUUCAAUAUCCAUAUUCUUUCCCAUCUUGUAAAGUAAUUCGGUUUCGAUGUUGAUAUUGCAUUUAAUGGAAAAGAAGCUAUUGAAAAAAUUGAAAUCCAAUUAGCGAAUCGAUGCAAUAAAUCUACUUGUAUUGGAUAUAAGUGUAUAUUGAUGGAUAUAAAUAUGCCAAUUAUGAGUGGUUGGGAAGCUGUUUAGAGAAUUAGAUAAAUGGAAUAUAAAAUAUAGUUAACUCGAACCAUACCUGUCAUCGCUGUUACUGCUUUCUGUAGUAUUCAAGAUUAAUAAAGAAGUAUUCAUGAAGGUUUCAAUACUGUGUUAACUAAACCUAUUACAAAAGAAAAACUUAGUGAUACUUUUCAUCGAUUCAAUAUUUGA